ACACGUCCGCAGUUGGAGAGUAUAGUCAAGUAAGUCUCCUCUGUAUCAUAUCAUUCACUUCUAAUCGACAGGCGUUACAGUUCGGCAAAAAUGAGUGGAAGAGGUAAGGGAGGUAAAGGACUCGGAAAGGGGGGCGCCAAGCGUCACCGUAAGGUUCUUCGAGACAACAUCCAAGGAAUCACAAAGCCCGCCAUUAGGCGCCUUGCUCGCCGCGGCGGUGUGAAGCGUAUCUCCGGUUUGAUCUACGAAGAAACUCGCGGUGUGCUGAAGGUGUUUCUGGAGAAUGUCAUCCGUGAUGCUGUCACCUACACCGAGCACGCUAAGAGAAAGACCGUGACCGCCAUGGAUGUAGUGUACGCACUGAAGAGGCAGGGCCGAACAUUGUACGGCUUCGGCGGGUAAUCUCCACGGUAGCUUCUUGCCAACAAAACGGCUCUUUUAAGAGCCACCCACAUGUUCCUUUAAGAGUUGACUUCCGUGCAGUUGUGAUUUUGUGCUCUUGCAAGCAUCAUUAAAACCAAGUAACGUCAA